UUAAUCCAAAACACAAGAAAAAACAACAAAAUACUCAACAGCUCUUGUUUAGUUUUUGGUUAGAUCAAUUACCAUCAUUGAAAAUUUUCCAAAUUCAAAUCAUCACAUCAUAGUUUGUAUUUUCUUUCGGGAAAUAAUAUCGAGAAUUUAGAUUGAAUAUUUUUCAUCAAUUAUUACUUGGCUGACGGAUUAAAUCGUAUUCAUCGUAUUGAUAUUGUUCAUUUUGGAAUUGAUGAUUUUCUUUUCAUCGUGAAAUUCUUCACCAUUUGGCUUGUUGAUUUGUUUUUGAAGUUUUAAAACAACUGAAGUAUAUCUAAAUUUAAGAAAAAUGGAAAGCGAUCCGAAUCAAAUGUCACAAAGUGCAGCCUUGUGUAGGUCUGGAUGUGGUUUCUAUGGCAAUCCAUCCAGUGAUGGCCUUUGCUCUAAAUGUUAUAAAGAUGCAUUGAAAAGAAAACAAGCUGCACCAACAACAACUGCCUCAACGAAUGGUUCAUCAUCUCAAACAACACUCGAUAAUGUGGCAGCCGAUAAUAUCAAAACUUUGAUUGCAUCAUCAUCAUCAUCAUUGAUUAAUAGUAGUAAUAAUAACAACAACAAUAAUAAUAAUAGCAUAACAUCUCUUGUAACAAGUAAUUCAAAUUCAAAUAUAUCUGCGAUAUCUGCUCAAGAAUCUAGCCAUUCAUCGAAUUCUGAGGCAAAGGUAGAUCAGCCAAAUUUGACGACGACUAGUGAAAUUAAUACCUCUGUUGGUGGUACACAACAAGAUGAAGAGGAGGAUACACCAACAAAACAACAGAAGAAGAAAAAAUUACGAUGUCCAAUUUGUCGUGAAAAGCUUGUUAUCAUCCGGUUUGAUUGCCGUUGUGGUCUAUCAUUUUGUGGUACGCAUCGUUAUGCUAAAAUGCACAAUUGUACAUUUGAUUAUAAAGAAUAUGGAGCUGAAGAGAUUCGUAAAAAUAAUCCACAAGUGAUUGGUGAAAAAGUUCAAAAGAUUUGAACAAAACAUAGUUUAAAAAAAUCAAUAACCGCAUAUGCAAAUAUUAGUUAAAAAUUGUAAAAUUCAAAAACAAAAAUAUUACAAUGGAUUUGGUCCCGAUGAUG